GGAACUGUGGGCUUAUUCGAGGUCUGCCUCUCUUGCAAUUUUCUCUCUUCUCUUUAUAACUUUUUGAUCUAAAUUUUCACAUCAGCUCUAUUCAAACUACAUAAUUCUCAGGCCACGUGCUACUCUUCAUAACUAUUAUAUCCUAUUGGGGGGCGCUGGUCGUCACACUAGUCAAGGUAUAUUAGUCUUCUUUCUAAAAUCUUGAUACUAUAAGCCUGUCGCCUCACUUUCCACAAUGCAACAACAACCACAUAGUAUCACCAGAAUCAGGAUCCAAUAAACUUAGCUCCCUUAUCCUUUUCGGCUUCCAGUUACCCUUAUACUUCAUCACUUCAUAUCUACAUCACUGACGCUUUCAUCUUUCAACAAUCUUCUGAAGAAUUUGAUGUCGAAAAUGGAGCUUGACGAUACAUGGGAUCCUGAUCCCUUGCCAAGUGGUAGUUCUAGGAACCAAUCUCAGCCUCGAUUCAAGAGAGAAACAUCUCAUCACUCUAAGGCACAACCGGACCCGCAGCAUCAAUACUACGAACAACCAAAAACAUCUCAUUCACAACUCAGAGGUCUGAUCGCGCCCAUGAAGCUUUAUCAAGACUUUUCAGACGAUGGAAGCUCAUCUGAUGAAUAUCCUGUCGUCUUGCAACAACCACAGAUUAAUAAUAAAAGGGUGACAAGUCCCGCUCAACCUGCGAAGGACAGACGGAAGCGACAUCAGAGUGAACACCCAAAUCGAAUUGAACGUGGCCGCACAACAAACGUAGAGGAGGUUAUAUAUGAUCACAUCUCAGCGAUCCCGCGGUCUCGCAAUGAAUCCGUUGCCCGCAAUGACGCUCGAUAUAAGAGUGUUGCAAAUGAUGUUUUCGAAGAGUAUGAAAGUUUCAAAAACACCUCAGCAGUUAGCAGAACAUCGGUCGCCCGUAGUCAUUCGCUUGCAAGAGACUUGUAUGAGGACCAAGGUUAUGUUACAAUGAAAGAUUACAACCGGCAGUUCGACAAAGAGCCAAGUGUCUUUUCACCUAACAAUGCUCAAACUAAGAGGCGCAUGAGGGAGGAGUCAACCUACGGAUCUAUGUCAUCUGGUACAGAUGCUCAUAGAACAGCUGGCCGAAGUCGUCAAGAAAGUUCAAAAGCCAAUCGCGAACUAGUCGGUGCACCCAAGAAAAAAAAACGUCAUAGUUAUUCUCGUGCACAAAGUCUAGCCCCAAGAAUCUCAAACGACAAUAGCGAUGUUCAAUAUCUGGGCACUGAAAAUGGUAUGUACAGUGUCAGAAUUCAAAAGCAGGGAAAGAAGCCCCAACUUCGCUCGCCAUUAUGGCCAAGCUUUGAAUCUGCUGUACCCAAACCUUACUCUGCUAACAGAUUGAAAGGGAGAAUUGAUAAAUCUGCCUCGAUGAAGCCACUCCCACAUAUGCCAAAGAAUCAACCAGUUAGAAUCAGAUCAGUUGCGUCUGAUCGCAUACAGAACUAUUCAAGUCAAGCCCGAACGGUUGAUUAUGGUCUCAUUGAUGACGACGAUGUUUAUGACACACCAUUGGAAAAUGAUCUUCGCCGCAGAUCUAAGUCUCAAGUGAGAGCUCAUAAUGCUCCCAUGAACUUCAUAAAUGCUCUACCAAAGUCUAGUGUAUUUCGAAGGAAAAACUCCGAAGUCGCAGAACAGGUUCAUCAGACUCCAUCCAGAGACUCAAAUAGAUCUAACAAUCCGGGCGUCACUAUUGAUCUCGUUACUCCAGAAAGUACUGUUUAUGCCCGCAGUGCAAUGCCUUUUAUACCUCAGCACUGGACUCCAACAAGGAGAGGCCCAAUGAAAGUAUCGGCUCCAAUGGAGAUCUCUGAGCAGGAUGGUCUUGGCACUAAAACUGGACAACAACCUGGUCAAAAUACUCAUCAGCACCAAGUCAUUAAAUCUAGUCCUAAUAAUGGACAACAAACUGAAGAAAACAUACGACAACGACAAGCAGCCGAGAAGAUCAUCCGACAAGAACUCAAUGCAGAUAAUGAGGCUUUGCAAGCGGAGCUUUUCGGAGAAGUUAUUGGUGAAACUGAGGAAGAAAUGAGAGAGCGUGAAGAAGCUAAACGUUUGGAAGCUCAAAGAGUGCGGGAACAAAAAGAGAAGCAAGAUCUCAUUGAUGCUGAGAGGAAGCGAAAGAAGAAUGAAGCAAGAGCCAAGAAAGAGAACGAGAGGAAAGCGGCUGAGCAGGCCGAGAAGGAGAAAGAAGCAGCAGCAAAAAAAGCCAAACGUGAUGCCGAACGCCAUCAUCAAUCAUUGAAGGAGCAACAGAAUGCAGACGAGAGACGUAAGGCGGCAAACAAGUUACUACAAGAGAAGAAAGAAAGAGAUUUGGCUGCAUCCAAGGUCAUCGAGGAAAAUGUCCAAGCUGCAGAAAAAGAAAGAAAAGAGAAUGAAGCUAAGUUUGAGCGAAUGAAACGACAAUUGGAAAAACUUGAGGCGCAAGUUAAAGCAAAAUCGAUUGCGGAAUUGAAGCCUGCGAGAAAGUCUACGGCUUUGGACGGUAUCUCGAACAGAGUCAACUCUCAGCCUCCUCAAGUCAGGCUUUCAACAAGCAUGGAAAUUGACGAUGAAAGUUCAUUGCCCACUACACAGACCCAAAUAACACCUGUAAACGGUACUGAUACUUCACAUACAGCAAAUACUUCAUCUACUCAAGCCACACCUUCAAUAAUCACCGAAGUCGAGGAUGAAGAUUCACUGUUCGUUUCAGACAAUCGAAAGACAGUUGUGGAAGCCACUCCAGAACAGCAAAUUUCGAAUGAUCUUCAAAAUUUCACUGGGAGCUUUAGUAGUGACUCGACAAUUGUUCAGUCCAUAGAGCAUGAUCGACCUCCUACUAGUAUAACUGAGAUCUUUGCCAAGACAAUUCACAAUCCAAGUGGUGACAAGACUCUCGAAGAUAGGGACGCGGAGCGAGAAGCCAUUCGAAAAAAAAGAGCAAACGAGAAUGCAGCUGCCAAGCAAAAACGAGCAAAUUCCAUACCCGCAGAGCCAAACCCCGAAAUAUUUGCUCAAAAGGUUGCUCCACGGGAAGUUUCUAAAGCACCAUCGAAAAGCACGCCAAAGAAAAAACGUAUCCAGCCGCUAACAAAGGCAUUAGGAGAUUCCAUAUUCAGUGUUAAAUUACAGCCUCUAGCCGGACAUGAGCCCGAAGGAUACGUUCCUCGUGAACAGUCAGAAGGUUUUCAGAAUUUCACUGAGAACUCUUCCACAGACCUUACAGUCUUGAAACCCCGCCCACUUCCAUUGACUUUACCUCCCCCUCUUCCUCCACCAGUAGCAUUUACUACUACUUCAAUUAGACCAGAAACUCGUCUGAUUUCACAAGCAGAGCGAGAGGAAAUUGAAGCUAAUCGCCAAAGAGUCCAGGCUGCGGCACAGGCUCGGAAGGAAAAUUCGAACAGGGCAAGAUUGGAGGGGAGAAAAGCUGCAUCUGCGAAGAAGAGAACAGUUGAGUAUCGCAAGAGGAAAGAGAAAGAACUCAUCGAAGAGGCUCAUAAAGAGGGUAGGAUAUUAGGUAAUUCUGAGCUGGAAGCUAGACUUGACAAGUUGAUGGAGAAGCGAGAGCGUGAGCAAAAACGAAAGAAAAAUCGUGCGGGAGAAAAGGCUUCAUUUAACGAACAUGAACAUGAACCUCUUUCUAGAAUAAAUAUACUUAACCAUUCUAGCAUGCCCGCGGCGCAAAUCUCAUCCUCCGAUACUGCCAGUGAUUCUAAUCAAAUUGAAGAAGAUGAUGAUCCUCCGGCUCUAACUCUGAAAGAGCAUAAGAUUAAAACGGCCGAAAUUAUGAAAGAACGGGCUCAAUUGCAUGCAGCUCAGCGUGCCCAACCACAACCGAAGAAGAAACUGGAACCAAUUUUUGACUCGGACGAGUCUGAGGAGUCUGUAGAAGAUCCGAUGGACGAAGAGACUACGGAAAUGUACAUAGAGCACGCUCGAAAAAACAACACCGAGGCUAAAGAAGAUGUCGAAAAGAGUGAUGUGGUUCAAUUAGAAACUCGGACUGAGGAAGACAUUGCUUUCGAGAAAGAGAUAGAAGAUUUUCUUGAAGAAGAUCCAAAUUUCGAAGGAGAGGCUCAAGAAGCAACCACUACACUCAACCCCGAUGAACAUAGUGCUCAGAUCGUCCUACCAAUGCCCAAUAUGACAAGAUACUUUGAGGGACAAUCCGCUCCACGGUCUUCCAGUAAUCUAGAGACCCAAUCAACGUUACUUGCAGGACCGAUUCAAAUGGCCAAAAAAAUACCUCCCAAACCUCAGCAGCCCGCAUCAUAUGAAAUGGUCAAUUUAUAUAUGGUCAUGACGCAAGUGACACUUCACGAAUGUGAAGACGAAGCAAUUCUCAAAAAGAAGUUCCUUGAUAUUGAAAAGGCCAACAAGUACGCACAGAUGCUUGUCAACGAACACAGAAAUAAAAUGUUCAGACAACGGGAAAUUCUGGAAAGAUGGGAUUCAGACCGUAUGUAUCAUGGCCAAAUCAUUCACGACAAACAGAAGACUACCAAGAUUUUUGUUGAAUUUAAGCCAAUGAACACCGAAGAUAUUGACAAAUAUGAUCCAACACUGGUACGACCGAUGUUUGCUACUCAAUACUACAUGGUUCGAUUUGAGAAAGUCGUUGAAGAAAUUGACCCCAAAACCCAGAAAGUCUGUAUGAAAAACCAUACUAUUGGAUUUGCAGACUCGGGCAAGCUAUACACGGUAUUAGAAAUGGCAAAUCAUGCUGCUUCCGAAUACCUCCUCAAGGAAAUCAAACCCAAGGAAGAAGUUGAGGAGCAUCAUACUACUUACGAACAAAUUCUCCUCCCGGAAGUGAGAGCAGGAAGAGAUGAUGCCAACCAAACAGAUCAAAUGUUCAAUUGCGAGUUUACUUGCGAAGGAGCUCCCUGGGUAGAUUUCAAAUCGUUCGAAGUUGGCGUGGAAAUGUAUAAGACUGAGGGCCCGGUCAACUGAAAAGGAAAGUGAUGAAUGUGCUUGCCUCGUCAUCUUCUAUCAUCAAUACAAAUUGUUUACUGAAACCAUCACUGCUCUGUUUCUUACAACACCACUCUUAUUUUCAUCAAACGACACUUCUUGGCCGCCAAGUUUGCACAUUUUCAGAUAAUUACACCAUAUCCAUUUCAGCAUCACAUACAUUCACUAUAAAUAAUAUCGACGGUUUCAACAACACCUCCACACUUUGCAUCACCCCCGAAAUGCCAUCAUAUUUCAUUCAUGCUUCCCACCAAAAUCAGCAUAGCAUUAUUAUUCUAGUGUAUCAAACUCAACAUCAAAUCAAUCAUCAUGAAAAUCGCAAUCGCUCAAUCCUCCACAAAUUUUCAUCGCCACAAAAACAAAUAAUACAGUCAGAAAAGAAAGUGCAGAAGUCAGUUCAGCCAUUAGACGUUCAAGGGUAGUAAUGACACGAACAACUCUUGGGGGACUCAUCGAUGAGUUUAUUUCUUGCUGUUUAUUAAUAGGAAGGGCGUGGGAUUUAGGUAUUUUAUUUUACUUUAUCUGCUUUUUAUUACCUUUUACUUUACUCCGGUAUUUGUGGUGACAGGUUCCGUAAGCUUUUCAGAGGAAGGGGGGCGGUAGUGGGAUCGAAUAGGGAGAGAAAGGGGUGAGGCCAUAGGCGGGUGGAGAAAAGGGGUGAGUUUGUGCUGAGCUAAGCUGAGCACACGUACUGGGAAAAAGCUACGUGACAGGAGGAAGAUUCUCGGAGAGUAGGGAACAAAACAUUUUCUUUUGUUGUCGUUGUUUCAAUGAAAAUUAUUGAUACUA